AUGUCAGUACCUAAGCCCCCAAGCCCACUUGGGCGACACUGCACAACUAUUGUCGACAAUACGCUCUACGCUUAUACCGAAAACGGGUUCUUCAGCAUACCGUUGAAAUCUGGUGGUAAAUGGACAGAAAUCAAAGGGAAACAGGUACCAACAAAGGGCUCGGUAUGCGUACAUUCGGGCGUUGGAACCGCAGACGAGGCUCUUUAUAUUGUUGGAGGCGAUGUCGCGCCGCAGACGGAAACGGACAACCCGGAAUACAAAGGUCUUCAAAAAUACAGCUUUGCGCAGAAGAAGUGGGAAAACCAACAACUGCAGGAUAAGACAUUGUACAACUUGACACACCAUGGCGCUGCCUUCCUGGAGGAAUCGAAACAGAUAUUUGUCUACGCCGGGAACUGGUAUUCGGAAGACUACCAACCGAGUUCUAUGGCCUUCCUGAUCAACGUCAGCGACAUGAUGGUUUCUUCACUACCGACCGGGCUCGCACCACCUCUGAUAUUUCCUGUUGUCCAAACGCUUAAUGCUCACACGGCUAUCAUCUCUGGCGGUGAUCCUGCCAAUACUCAUGUCUUCAGCUACUCGAGCAUUGAAGGUUGGAAGAACCUCCCUAAUACUUUGGCCGCUCCGCUACCCGUUGGCUCCGCCGCUGGUGCCGUUGUCGGAGGCGAUGAUGGUUCCAAGAUGCUUCUCACAUUUGAUUUCAGCCAAAGCCCUGCGAACGUUGAACUCGUGCCUUUGUACAAUGCGACUGCCGCCCCUGCCAAAUUGAGGACUAGAGAGCAUACGCUAACAUCCGCUAACUGGCCCUCUUACAAUGCUACACUCGCCCCCAAGGGAGCUCGCCGAGAUUUUGCCAUCACUUCCAAUAACCAGUACGUUGUCAUUAGUGGAGGCGGUUCCGACAAUGACCCACUCUCUAUUUUCGAUUACAAAGAAGGGGGUUGGGUUAGUGCUGCUUCCCUUUUUGGGACACAGAAGGUUUUGGACGAAAACGUUACAUUAAGUGCUAAGAGUCGGGAGACAUCGACGGCGGUGUCGAGCUCACAAAUUGCGUCAAGUACUGCCGCCUUGACCUCCGCCGCUACGAUUGCUACAACCGCCACUGGUACUGCGGGUUUAUCGUCCGCCACCGAAUCUAGCGCUGUAGAGGGUGAGCCACAAGGGUUGAAGACUAGCACCCAACUUUUGUUCAUUAUUCUCGGUGUAGUGUUGUUGGUAGCAUUGAUUCUCGGGACCGCAUACAUUAUUCUUCGCUGCAAGAGGAAGAAAAUGAAAGCCGCUGGACUUGCUGAAAAACCUGGCGAUGAAGAAGGACCACAGUCAAGAGGUAUGGGAGGCAUACCCGCUCCUGGUCGUCGAGACUCGGGCAUGUCAUUCAAGGAUAGAGGGGCAUCAUUUAUGAAGGAAGCUGGAGGCACCAAGACCACGGUCUUCGGACGCAGGCAGAAGAGCUUCCGCGAACGCAGUAUGAAGGAAGAGCUGGAAUUCCCGCAUCUCGACCUCCCACGUGGCGCUGUCCUCGGCCCUGCUGCCGGGACAAAUCUUGAAAUGCAACCCACACAGCGCGGAUCCGGAUGGAGCAGGUAUUUUUCAGGAAAUUCUACCACGAACUUAGUGCAAAACGGCGCUGGGCUACAAAGAAACCCAAGUGACGCUUCAAGAUCCUCGUAUUCGAUGUCCGAGUUCCCCGACGACCACGACGAGCGAAGACAAUCGUAUCCAUCGAUUGGGUAUGUUCGUUCAAGCUACGCAUCUCAUUCAGCCGUGUUUUCUUCAGACUUGCCGACCCCUACUUUUGGUGAUGUCAUGAGAGAUAACUCGCCGCCACAGGGAGACUCAGGCUACUUGGGCUUUGAACCGCCAAGGGCCCCAGGGCUUUUUGAACGAUCUGCGGGCUCCCAGAUAUCUGUCAGCUCAGCCGGGGCUUCGUCGAUAAACUUCUUUGGUGAAGCCCUCAGCCAUCCGGAUUUUGCCAAGAAGGUCGCCCACGCACAAUCGAAGCACAAUCUAAACAUCGGCCAGCCGGAGCAAGCCAGGGUCGAAAGCAGCGUAUAUAGUGAAGCAGAUGGCGACAACGGUAUACUGCAACCACCCAACAGCAACUUUAACAGGACAGAUAGUUUUGGAUUUUUCGGGAAUGAUAGACCGAAUAAUACGAAUGCCGCACCGAGAGGCGACCAAGGGCUCGGCUGGUUCGUUAGGGAUUAA